AUGACUAACCAAGCAUUUUCAAUUUUAUCUGCUUUUAGUGUAAUACUAUUAAGCCUAUCAGUAUCAUCUGUAUCGGCGGAGUGCACAAUCCCAGUAGUUUUAAGAAAUACUUGGUUUUCUUUUGAAAAUGGCAAGCAAACUAUUACCGAUAUUAAUGCCAGUGAAAUGACUGAUAGAGGAACAUGUGUCGACAUAAAGGCAGACUACCAUGUCAAUUACACAAUGGUAUUCCGAUCGAAGGAUUGCCACCACUGUGUAAAAUUAAUUGUUAGAACAGUAAAUGUAUUAGAGAAAAUUGAAAGUACUUGUUUGAGUCUUAAAGCUGGAGAUGAAGCAAAUGUUGAAACAGUGUGCAGAGGCCUUAAAAAUGACCAACACCUUAUUACAUUGUUUUCUGAGAAUUCUGUUCCAGUCAAUUGCAGAUCAUCACUAGAAGGUGUGUGGCAGUUUGCAUAUCAGAACCGUUUUAGAUUCACAGGUGAAUGUAAUCAUCCAGAUGCCCAAAUUAAAUCCUGCCAAACUGCAGGCACACAAUUCUUGAUAACUAAUCAGAAGUUUAAUAUAACCUAUAGGAAAUGUUCUGGAAUGUCUGGUACAUUUGAUGGUGUUGUAGAAUAUAGUUGUCUAGGUCAUUGGUUUGUUGACAAAAAUCAUUUUUUUGCUGUGGCAAACACAAAAGAAUCUCGUAAAGAUGAAAAAUACCGCUGUUUUUUAAAGAACAGAGAUGAUGAUCUUUAUAUUGGUGCUUCAAUGACCCCAGAGUGUUCUUCUUUGAAAACUGUUGAGAAAUCACCAGAGAGAUAUAGAAUUACUCCUGUUAAAGCAGAAGUUGUUGAACCAGGCUGUCGUUUACCACAAAAUUUCUCUGGAGAUUGGAUUAACACUGCUAAUAUUGAUGCAGAUGUAUUUAUUAAUGAAACACAUAUAAUAGAAACAUAUUAUCCAGAUGAGGGUCGAUUUAGGCGAACUAUUUAUGUUUGCAGAGAACAGCGUGAUAGUAGAGUUAUGAUGGCUAGACUUACGGUGGACGGUUGUCAGAAAGAUUAUGUCUGCUUCGAUUUUGUUCCACAACAUCACAACGUUAUAAGAUACCGGAAAGGGCUUGCUAUGAUACAAAGUAAUUUCCACACAGUAUGCUCAUGGGUACAAUUUAAAAAUAAACAAAAAUGGCGUUAUGAUAUAUUCCUUAAGAAAGACCCUUCACCCAUUCGAUGCCCUGUCGCUGGGAAAUUUAAUUUUACACAAAAAGGAGAUGUGAAAUUUGAAACGAGAAUAUUGGGCGGUGUCACUUUAAGUCCAAGGCCAAAUUUGUAUUGCAAAUUGAACAUAAGUGAUUUCUCAGUAUGUGAUGUAGACCAAAAAACUAUACAAAUCAAAGAAAAUUACUGUCUGUCUGUGGAUCACUUGGGUAGGCCUGUGGAUAUUUAUAGUGAUCCAGAUUAUAAAAUGAAAUGUAUUGGGUACUGGAAAGAGAAUCUCAAAUCAUAUCUUAUCACAUAUGAUGAGUUGGAUCCCUUCUCUAAGUACAGAUGCUGGGUGUAUCAAAGAGCUGAUUUGAAUAGAGUUCUUAUGUCGCAAGCAUUAGGACCAUAUUGCGAUUUAAAACAAGAUGUUACUUCAUGGAACUAUACUGAAGGCGCCGCAGUCGCCGUGGAAAUGGAGGAAUACGAACGAGAGAGGGAUCAAUGUCCCAUGCAUUUUGAUGAUGGCAGCGAUCCCUGGUCGACUAAAGAAAACUAUAUUAAGGUGUUCUCAUUUAGUUACUCAUUUUGGAGAAGUAAUAGUGCCUACACUUUAGAAAUAUGCACACCAGUUCUAGUGUUAAGUCUAAUCCAGUUAUUGAUA